GGCUUUAAUGCACCUCAUAGGCUAACCUUAAACUCUGUCUCAGUAGAGAAGCUGGUGCAAGGGGGAGCUGGGCUGCAGGCUGGGUGUAUUCAUCUGAUGAGGGUCAGAUUUUUAGGAAACAUUAACCCUAUUCCUGGCGGGCUCCGCCGGGACAAGAAACUGGCGGGGGGGGCCGAUUCGGCCCCCCCUGAGAUCUCGAGAACGAAGCAAGAUAGCGACAAGCGGUAAACGGCAUCGGAUACGCACGGCCAAGAUCUACAAUUUUUACUAAGGUCAUUUUCAGUGAGCUGCCAGAUCCACAUCAUGGACAGCCAGGGCCGUAAGGUGAUUGUGUGUGACAAUGGCACCGGGUUCGUCAAAUGCGGCUAUGCGGGCGCUAACUUCCCGGCGCACAUUUUCCCGUCGAUCGUCGGCCGGCCGAUUAUCCGCGCCGAGAACAAGGUCGAGGGCAUCGAGGUCAAGGACCUGAUGGUGGGUGACGAGGCGAGCAAGCUGCGCUCGAUGCUGCAGGUCGGCUAUCCGAUGGAGAACGGCAUUGUCCGCAACUGGGAGGACAUGCUGCACGUGUGGGACUACACGUUCGGCUCGGAGAAGAUGAACAUCGCGCCGCGCGAGUGCAAGGUGAUGCUCACAGAGCCGCCCAUGAACCCCGUGCGCAAUCGCGAGCGCAUGAUCGAGGUCAUGUUCGAGAAGUACGGGUUCGCCGGCGCGUACGUGGCCAUCCAGGCGGUGCUGACGCUGUACGCGCAGGGUCUGCUCACCGGCGUGGUGGUGGACUCUGGCGACGGCGUGACACACGUGUGUCCCGUGUACGAGGGCUUCGCGCUGCCGCACCUGACGCGGCGGCUAGACAUCGCCGGCCGCGACAUCACCCGCUACAUGAUCAAACUGCUGCUGCUGCGCGGCUACGCCUUCAACCACUCGGCCGACUUCGAGACGGUGCGUAUGAUGAAGGAGAAGCUGUGUUACGUCGGCUACAACAUCGAGCAGGAGCAGCGGCUGGCGCUGGAGACCACCGUGCUGGUCGAGUCCUACACGCUCCCCGACGGACGGAUCAUCAAGGUCGGCGGCGAGCGGUUUGAGGCGCCCGAGGCGCUCUUCCAGCCGCACCUCAUCAACGUCGAGGGCAACGGUAUGGCCGAGCUGGUGUUCAGCACUAUUCAGUCUGCCGACAUCGACAUCCGGCCAGAGAUGUACAAGCACAUCGUGCUCUCGGGCGGCAGCACCAUGUACCCGGGCCUGCCGUCGCGGCUCGAACGCGAGAUCAAACAGCUCUACCUGGAGCGGGUACUCGGUGGCGACGCCGAGAAGCUGGCCAAGUUCAAGAUCCGCAUCGAGGACCCGCCGCGCCGCAAGGACAUGGUGUUUAUCGGCGGCUCGGUGCUGGCCGACGUGAUGAAGGACAAGGAGAACUUCUGGAUCACGCGAGAGGAGUACGCCGAGAAGGGCGUCCGCUGCCUGGACAAGCUGGGCAUGCGCGUCAGCUAAGGCUGGCGCCGCGCACGUCCGUAGAAUCGUUCGGCGCAGACGGAACAAAUUAAUCUGGAGAGGCUGAUGCGGGCGCGGAGCCGACCGCGGCCGCACAGCGAGGCCAGCACCGCGCUGGGGAGACUGCGACACUCCGGGCGGGACGGCUGGGCAGUGUAUUGCUGCCGUUCCGCAGCCGUUUCUUCGGAUGAAUAAUUUUGAAUGGAGAUGCCUUUUUGAGGCGGGAGCUUGUUAUUCGUGUGAACCAACUAAAUCUUAUACCGCUGGAGCCGAGUGAAGGCCAAAGUUUUACUUCUUCAGGUGAAAUGCACAACACAGUGAAAGUUCGUCCGGAGCGAACGCUAUUUAAGCUUGAUUACGUGGUCGCCUGGUGAAAUGAGAUAGUAUCAAUCGUGCGCGUGAAAUGAACGCCAGCGUUGCGAAUCAGGACAGACCUCGGUCGCGUCAGAUAUGCGCUGCCGCCGACCGCGGUGUCUGCUUGUAUCGAUCAGUCGUUGUUGAAUAUGCUAGUGGACUUCGGUGGCUCUGCCAAGGUUAUUGUGAUUUUGAUAUCUGCGCGUGCGCCUGAAUCAGCGUCGGCCGAGCUGCGGCGCGCCGCCUCCCGGCGGGCUGUGCGUGCUCUCUGAUUCCGCUUGUGCUUGUGGCGGGCCGGGCGGGGCGCAGCCUCCAUUCCACUGUGGACGCCCAGCCCAGUCUACUGCUCCUUACCGAGUCUACCGAGAGGGAGAGAGUCGCCGGCCAGCUCAGUACGGGCCCGCGCUUCGUAUAAUAAACACGUUGUUUCAGA